CCUCGUUUUUGUAAUUUCUGCCAUAUUGGUGUGUCACCAUUUCGACGUCAUAACUAAGUCGUCAGGUCAAACGAGAUCUAAAAAAGAGUUGCUAGGGUGUUAAUUAAUGUAGUGGUUAGUAGUAUGUAUUAUCCUUGCAAAUCUUCUUCAUACAAAUGUCAAUGUCAAUCCGCUGCAUUUUGGCGCUAAAAAAUGAUUGUGUUUGAUUUAUUUUUUGUGUAAGGUUAUGUGAUCUUGUGUGUAAAUCCAGCAGUUUUAUAAAAAAGUUUGUGUUUCCCAAAUUUCUAAUUUGCUUGAAAGGAAAAUUUGCAGAGUCAAAAAUGGAUGAAAACUCAAAACAAGAAAAUACCUCCAAUGGCUCUACAAAACGUAAACCAGAGACAAGCAAUGAACCAGAUGAAAUCCAGGAUAUUGAAAAAGAAGAGAAACCGUCCAUCAGAAGUCGUCUGGGUCCUAAAAAAACAGACGAUGAACAGUCCGAUGAUAGCAAAGACAAGCCUCGUCCUAGAAAAAUGCAAAAAAAAGAACUCGAGACUGAUCCAGUGGUAAUUGCCAAAAGAGAAAAACAAAUUGAAUAUGGUAAAAACACCAAUGGAUAUGAAAAUUACAUUAGGACGGUUCCAAAGUCUGAAAGAAGCAUGGAUGAUCCGAGAACACCGCCAAAGCAUGGAAAAUAUUCACGGAGAGCUUGGGAUGGUUUGAUCAAACAAUGGAGAAUCAAACUACACAAAUAUGAUGUAGAAGAAUUAUAAUUUCUGAGUUUUUUGUUUUUAAAUUGAAUAGAAUGUACCUAAUAAUAAGUGUAUAAUAAGAUUUUUAGUUGAGCAGGUAUCAAUAAAUAUUUAGUUAAUUGUUUGUCACAACUGCAUGGGUAAAAGUAAAUUGAAUAUUAAUAAAGUUUUUGAAUGCAA